AUGCGCUCACAUCAAAGUCGUCAACGAAGGAAACAGCGAAGCAGUAGGGGACAGGAGGACGAUCAGAUAUUGGUGUCACGGACCGACGAUUCUCAUUCUGACUCUUACACUCACCCACGUCUACCCUCCAACUCACACCCCUCCGAAAAUUACAGAACUCCGACACCCAGUAGAACGGGUUCAUACGAAAUGGCUCGUGAACCUUCAUCCUCCAGAAUCAACCACGAACACCCAGAGUCGUGGCAUUUAGACUCGGUUGAGGAUAGAUAUUCUGCAACUUACCGUGAUAGCUACCAUCGCAGAGUGAGCAGAGAUGGUUAUGAAAUGGUAGAUUCAAGAGAGGAGUGGAGACCUCGGCGUAGUAGUGAAUCCCACCAUCCACAACAACGCGAUGAGUGGCCGAGUCGAUAUCAUGGCAGUGGACAGGAUUCAUAUUCUUAUCAAGACCCAACUGGUUGGGAUCCUCCACCAGCGCCUUCAUAUGACGACAGACUCUCCUAUUCUCGCUGGCCAGAAGAAACCGUCGUUCCUCGAAAUGACAACCACGAUUUUCAUUACCGCCAGAGAGACCAGCGUGGUGGGCGUCGGGAGCGCGAUGCGAGCCGGGACAAACAUGCAGAGGAAAGGCCAUCGGAUAUGGGGUGGGUCCCUCGUCACCGAGAGAACGGAAGGCGAUCAUUGGGGGAAGGAAAGGUAUGGGAUCGUCCACGAAGUCCUAUCCCCGAGCGUUCUUGGGAACCUGCGGAGAGUUGGAAGUCGUCACAAAGGAACGAUUCCACUGAUACUUACAGUUCCUCACAGCGAAACAAUGGGUACAAUAAGCAACAUAAAGGUAGCCAUAGGAAAAGCCAGCAACAGAACAAAAGUCGAAGGGAAUGGAGGAAUGACGAUAGCCACUUGAACAAUUGGCACAGGCGUGAUAAUCACACAUCCGAAAGACCUAUGAGGUCGUCCAGAAAGAAGCAUCCGCGAUCUUUUUCUCAUUCACGCUCGAGAUCUCCAGCGGAGUCUUACUAUUCUCAUUAUUCAUCGAAAGGUCGCAGUCGUUCGCGCUCUCCUUCCCCGGCCCCGAAACGGGCAAGGCGCGAACCGAGCCCUCUCGUGCGCCACCAGGAAACACCUCUUGACAACUUAGGGAGACGAAACGAUACGUCCUACAACGAAAAACGAUCAGUUUCUCCUUCAUCACGUCAUACACGCGGAACUCUCAAAGCUCGCAGAAAAAGCAUCUCUUCCAUAUCAACCGUCAGCACCGACAGAAGUCGUAGUCGUAGUCCUGAUACCCGUCCUCGUGCUGUUCAUCGACUUCCAACCGCGUCAACAGGGCAAUACCGGUCGAAUACCGCCAAGGAGCAUAAAACAAGGAAACAUCACGGUCGCAAUCACAAAUCGCCGCUUGUUGCGACGCCCAGCUCGGAGCAAAUGCCUCCCCCUUCUGUCCCUCAUCGAUCUCUUUACGAUGAUGCACAAAUACCGGUGCCAUCCCCGGUUACAUCUGCAACUCCACUCCCGGCGACCAGUGAGCCUUUGUCUUACGCGGUAGAAGACAGACAUGCCACCCCUGCCCGCAUGGCACCCAUCAAACACGCCGGAUUUAAACCGAUCGGUCAGAACUCAACGUCCUCGUUGAAAAGAUUCUUUCCUGGCGACGACGACGACGAUAUGGACGUUAGUAAUGACUCUAGCUCGUCGUCCCGCAUACACGACGGCAGACCCGAGGACGUCUUGGGGAGGGAGGUUAAAAGGGACCAGGACUUUGAACAUCGCAAUUCUUUUGAAAUGCACCAGCCUCCCCAAGAUCCUUAUGCUAUACAUUCCGAUGGAGGUCUUUACGACGCGAAGCUGGGCCACCAACAUUUAUCACCCCUCCGCGACGCGGACGCGCCGCUUCGCAAUAAUAGCGAUGACGAACAAGGAGCUCCUCCAUCCACCCGCGAUGCGUCUAUGCACGUGCCUGUACCUGUAUCGGCAAGUACUGCACUUCCAACUUCUACUCAAGGAGAGGUAUACUCCAUCGUUAGUCAAGUUGGCGAAGGAACGUUUGGCAAAGUGUAUAAGGCGCGCAACACCUAUAGCGGCGUACAUGUUGCGUUAAAACGUAUUCGCAUGGAAACUGAGAAGGAUGGAUUUCCAGUUACUGCUAUGCGGGAGAUAAAAUUACUUCAAUCUCUUCGACACGAUAAUGUCGUAAGGCUUCACGAGAUGAUGGUGUCUAGUGGAUCCGUGUAUAUGGUCUUUGAGUAUAUGGACCACGACCUGACAGGGGUGUUAUCCCAGACCCAGUUCAUUUUUUCAGAUGCACACCUUAAGUCUCUAUGUCACCAAAUGCUAGCCGGCUUGGGUUACCUUCAUCAUAAAGGGGUCAUUCAUCGCGACAUCAAGGGUUCCAAUAUUCUCAUCAAUAACCGUGGUGAACUCAAGCUUGGUGACUUUGGGCUCGCACGAUUUUACCAGAAACGGCGUCGGGCAGACUAUACCAAUCGCGUUAUCACGUUAUGGUACAGACCCCCCGAGUUACUCUUUGGAGCCACGAUAUAUGGCCCGGAAGUUGACAUGUGGAGUGCUGGAUGCAUCAUGCUGGAAUUGUUCACAAAGAAACCUGUAUUCCAGGGUAACGAUGAAAUAUCCCAACUCGACGUCAUCUACCGUAUAAUCGGCACGCCCAAUCGCGAAAGAUGGGCCGAUGUUGCUAAUUUGCCUUGGUAUGAGCUGGUAAAACCAAAAGACGCUAUUCCAAACCACUUCAGAGAACUCUUUCGGAAGUGGAUGUCCCCGGCUGCUCUCGACCUCGCUGAACGUCUACUUGAUUACAACCCGGCACAGCGUAUAACAGCCUCACAGGCUUUGGAUACCCCUUACUUCAGCACUGAAAUGCCACCGCCUUCUCCGCCAGUCGGCUUGGCAACGCUCGAGGGUGAAUGGCACGAAUUGGAAACAAAACGAGAACGCGCAAAAAGACGGAGGAAGGAUUAA